GCGCCGCCCCAGUCAUUGUGAGCGGUGUGUGUGUCAGUGAGAGAAGGAACGGAAACUCACUUUCUACUAAUAAAUAAACUUAACAGUGUGGAUUCUUCAGGAAAUAGAUGUGAUCAUGUCUAAACCCAAUUACACUGGAGUUUAUCACUGGGUCUCUCAGGACAACUUUGAAGCCUAUCUGGCUGCUUUAGACAUUAAUAUAGCGUUGAGGAAGGUGGUGUGUAUGCUGAGACCCAGUAAACACAUUGAACACGAUGAUAAUUCCGGAAACAUGAAGAUUAAAACCGUCACGACGUUUAAGAACUUUGACAUGGACUUCACUCUGGGACAGGAGUUCACUGAGGACCUGGGACCCGUCGACGGCAGGAAGUGCCAGACCACAGUGGACUGGGACGGUGAUAAACUGUUGUGCGUACAGAAAGGAGAGAAAGAAGGACGAGGAUGGACACAUUGGCUUGAAGGAAACUUACUUCACCUGGAGCUGCGUGUGAAUAAUGUUGUGGCUAAGCAGGUCUUCAAGAAAGCAGAAUGAGCAGCUGGUUCCUGGGACAAUGAGCCCAAAGCACUGUGGGAAAACUGGGAGAGCCAACCAGCCAAUCAGCAGAUGCUAUUAACUCUUUUUUCUAAAGGUUAUUUUAAUGAGUUUAUUUCAAUAUAACAUGCUAACAAUAAGGAUAAAUAUGAGUACAUUUUCAUCAGAGCUGUAGGUCUCUAGCUUGUCCACUGGAGGGCAGAAGAGUGCUGUUUUUGUGUGUGUGUGUGUGUGUGUGUGUGUGUGUGUGUUCUCUUUCACAGUGCAUUAGAAAGUUUUAAUACUUUGAUGUACUAAAAGAAUAAACUGAUGAGAUUUACAUGGCCAUUAAAUCUUUUUGUCAAGUUC